GAGAGAGCGAGAGCGAGAGAGAGAGAGACGCGUGUUGUGGCUGUGCGGUGAAGUGUCAGCGUAUUCCAUCACAAUACAGGCAAACCGAGAACAGGUCGUUUCUAUACGGAAAAACGAGUGAAACUAAACUAUUUAUAUGAAGACUAACAGCAGAUCCGCGGUGAAGGUUAACUGACACUGUGCUUUUAAAUCACUGCGCAGCGCUGACUGACCGUACGAGGCGGACACACAUCUGAAACAUUUACGUUACAUCAAACUUCACACCCGAUCAACGCGCAGAUUGCGCCCUUUAUAGACAGCAUGGAGUAGAAAGACGUCGAGACAGAAAUUGAUGUUUUCUGCUGAGAAACGCUAGAGCGAGAGAAACUCAUCCGUGUAAAAUCGGCAUCAAGCUCGUGGUGGAUUGAGAGGAGCUGAAGAUGUCUGUACCGGUGUUCUGUAAAAUGUUUGACUGCCUGCAGGGAGCAUCAGCUGAGAUAGCAUCUAGACGGCUGAAAUCCUCAUCAAAACCUUCCAAUCUUCUGGAGCAUCACCUGCUCUUUCCAGAGCCACUGAAUGUGUUGGCGAAGGCCCUAUAUGACAAUGUGGCAGAGUCUCCAGACGAGCUGUCCUUUCGUAAGGGGGACAUCAUGACCGUUCUGGAGCGGGACACGCAGGGAUUGGACGGCUGGUGGCUUUGUUCACUGCACGGGCGUCAAGGAAUCGUCCCUGGCAACCGUCUGAAAAUCCUUGUGGGCAUGUACGAUAAACAGCAGAUGUCUGCCCAAUCCAGUCCAACCCAGAGUCAGCUUAACCUGCCUCAGAGUGCCUACAGCAAGCCUUCCCCUGCCUCCCAGUACACGGCAAUGCACCCUGCUUUCUCCUCCCCCAGCUCUGCUAACUCAUCCAUCCCUGACAACGUCUAUAUGCUCCCGCCCAGCCAUGGCCUGCCUCCAUCUUCAAGCCUCUACCAGGUGCCCACUGGCCCCCAGCCUCCCCCGCCUCAGCCCAAAGCCCCUGCUUUGGCACAAAAGCAAAGCCACGCACAUUACGCCCCCACUUCACAGGAUGUCUACCAAGUGCCACCCUCCAUUAAUGCUCCAGGCCAGGACAUCUACCAGGUGCCACCCACAGUAGGAGGUCCGAGUUCCGGACAAGAUGUGUACCAGGUGCCGCCUUCUGUGAACCAGACGCAAGACAUUUACCAAAUUCCCCCAUCGAUAGAGAGGGGCUGGGACUCUCCUAAACCCUUGGGGAAGGUGGUUGUUCCUACACGGGUUGGCCAGAUGUAUGUGUACGAUACAGGGAAAAAUGAACAGGAUGAGUAUGACGUCCCCAGACACCUUCCACCCAACCAAGACAUCUAUGACGUGCCACCCACCCGCACCCAGUACAACCAACAGGUGUAUGAUACUCCCCCUAUGGCUAUGAAAGGCCCGCCCAGCCGAGAUGGACAGGAGAUCUAUGACACGCCACCAAGUUUGGACAAGAGUCAGCUGCUGUACCAACAAACGGUGUAUGACAUUCCCCCAUCUGUCAGUAAAGAUGUUCCAGAUGGUCCAAUCAGAGAGGAGACUUAUGAUGUUCCUCCGCACUUUGCUAAGAUGAAGAGCCUUGAGAAUCAGAACCAGCCCUAUAUGUCCCAGAUCCCCGGAGGUCUGGAGCCUUCCAUACCGGAAGACGUUUAUGAUGUACCUCCGCCUCAGCUAACAGGAAAGCGUCAGCCUGAAGGCCAGGAGAUUUAUGACAUUCCGGCCAGCUUGCGUAAGGGCGGCCCACAGGAGCACCACUCUGCGGAUGUGUACGAUUUCCCUCGUGAACGCUCGGCGGGAGAAGAUUCGAAUGACUACGUGUACGACGUGCCUCCACAGGUGGUGCGUGAUGCCGCAGCCACCGAGGAGCUUACGGUCAGCUUUAAACGACUGUCUGCGUCCAGCACAGGAAGCACUCGCAGUAACCUUUCCACAUCUUCUCUGGACAUGGUGCCGGUACGGGACUCUACUGGGUCCGGCCGCCUGCUGCUUCUGGAUCUGGACCAGGCUAUGGAGCGGUUGUCUCGUCUGCAGCAGGCUGUGGAGAGCUCUGUGUCCAUUCUCAUGUCUUUCAUCAGUGGGAACUGGCGUAGCCACACUCAGAUGGAGUCCAACCUGCCUGCCAUCAAACAGGCUGUUGACCGCAUUCGCAUGGCCGUCAGAGACCUCCUGGAGUUUUCAAGGGGCGCGGUGGCCAACGCCACCCAGGCCACCGACCGCACGUUGCAGACCAAGCUUGGCAAGCAGUUGCAGAAGAUGGAGGAGGCCUUUCAAGGUCUGGUGAAGCACAAUCAGGCACUGGACGCCAUAGGUUGGUCCCCGGCAGCUCUGAUGGCAGCCCCUGCAGGCACCGGUGGAGAUGACCUGGACCGGUUGGUAAUGUGUGCCCGUGGCUUACCUGAUGACACCAAGCAGUUGGCAUCAUUUCUCCAUGGCAACGCCUCUUUGCUCUUUAAACGGACAACUAAACAGCAGCAACUGCCUCUACCACCCGUACCGCACACUGGUGACACGCUGGGUCAGCUGACUAACAACAACAACAUCUCAGCCUAUCAGUCGGGCAUACCCGAACGGGCUAACAUCCAGUGUCGUCCGCUCCCCUCCCCUCCGAAAUUCACAGCUGAGGAAGAAACUCCAGACAGGCCGUAUGAGACGACAGAGGAGGGUUGGAUGGAGGACUAUGACUAUGUGCAUUUACAGGGUAAAGAAGAGUUUGAAAAGAACCAGAGACAACUCUUGGAGAAAGGGAGCAUCAAACAAAAAACCCUGCUGGAACAGCAACAGCUGAAGCAGUUUGAAAGACUAGAGCAGGAGGUCUCCCGGCCAAUCAACAAUGACAUUUCAGCCUGGACUCCGCCCACUCACUACCCACAGACACCACGCAGUAAGCUGUGCAUGGGUGACCGGCAGCUGCUUCUCUUCUACAUGGAGCAGAGCGAGGCCAACAUCACCACACUCACCAACGCUAUUGACGCUUUCUACUCUUCCGUCAACAACAACCAGCCUCCCAAAAUCUUUGUCGCCCACAGCAAGUUCGUCAUUCUCAGCGCUCACAAGCUGGUUUUCAUCGGGGAUACGCUCUCUAGGCAAGCCAAGUCUCCCGAGGUGCGCACCAGGGUGGCCCAGCACAGCAACACGCUCUGCGAAAAGCUCAAAGACAUUGUGGUUAGCACCAAAACAGCAGCCUUGCAGUAUCCCUCACCGGGCGCUGCGAGAGACAUGACAGAGAGGGUGCGGGAGCUUGGAGGCUGCACCCAACAGUUUCGCAUGGCACUCAAUCAGCUACUGGCCAUGUGAACGGGCCAUGGGACAGUACAAGCACAGAGCCAGUUAAAACUCUUUGGACAAACAUAUCCUGUUUCAAUAAGGACAAAAAUUGUUAAUGGGCAGAGCCAUUGGUUGUAAAUGAAUCAUUGUAAAUAUUUAAGUUGCUGUAUGUCGGGGAUACUGUAAUGGGCAAACACAGAUGGUGGAGGAAUGUUUGUGUUUUUUUGUUUUUGUUUUGAUCAGGGGAGGAGAAAGAAAAAGGAAAAUAUCUAAAAAGUAGUUUUAAGACAUUAUGCAUUAUUAUAGCUAUACUGUAAUUAUUGCUUUGAUUGUUAUAAUUGUCAUCCCUAUUAUUAUGAGAUGUUGACUAAAGGUGUUUAAAAUUUUAAACGUGUAUGUCAAAGUACAACCAUUUUUCAACAAGCAUCAGCAUUGAAGGCUUUUUUAAUGAGUUGUUCCUGUUGGAAGCUGAAGUUUAUCCUCUUGCUGUUGCUGGUUAUAAGGCAUGCUGGGAGUAAGCUGACUGGCAGACAUAAUAGAAAUUCAUAUUUACUAUGAGACUGUCAUUGUGGCAAGAGACCGACCUCUCUUUAUUAAGGCUUCAUUAAUGCUUGGGUUAAGAUGAGUUUUUUUUUACCAGAAUUUGCAAAUGUAAAGUUAUUUAAAGUUGUGGAGAAGAAAUAAUCCAAAUGAAUUUGAAAAAUCUGUAACAUUUGUUUAAGAAAACUUUAUUUUGUUAUGAAGUCUGCUUUAAACCUCAGUGAAUGAAUUAAUACAGUUCCUCCCAUUUUCACUUUGGCAUGCCCUACGAUAAUUUGAAAACAUUUCUUAUGGCAUUGUUUUAUAACUGAUUAUGUUCUAGAAAAGAGGAAACAUUCAGUCAUGGGCGGUCCUUCAUCAUAAAGCUGAUGGCGUCACUACCUGCUGGACAGGUGCAUUGUGGCAACAGGGUCCUUGAUUUCAUGUAUAUCCUGGAAAUUUAUUGUACAGUUUUUGGUCAGGUCUUCAAAAAAAAAAAACUUUUCCCCUCCUUUUGAAACUUACCUUUCACAUUCAUAUAGACUGAGGCUUUCAGUGGUCAUAUUUAAAAUAAACCUGAAAACCAUUUUGUCUGAGAAACUCUUCCUCUGAUGCACUACAUUGACCCAGUGCCUAUGUGGUAUAGUCACUUAUCUGUUUAAAGAGCUGUUGUGAACCGAGUGCCCACUAUAAGCCUGAAUCGCCUGCCUCACAUUUGUCUUUUAGCUCCCUGUUGGUUGUAUUUUAAAAUUAAGAAUAUGUGAGACAAAGUAGUUUAAUGAUACUUAUUAAACUUUUUAAGUAUUACAACAUGUUGUUGUGCAUUUAGUCAAAAUCCUUAUCCAGUUGAAAAAAGAAAAAGCAUUUAUGCCAAACGGUGACCUGAUAUAUGUUGUACUGUUAUUCUGUUCUCAAAUCUGUGUUCAAGAAUUUGAAUGAUAUUGAUAUGUUACUGUAAAUUGCAUAACUGGAAAUAUAUGUUUAAUAUAUUUUCAUUAAAAAAAAAAUUAA